AACCUCUGCAUCUAGCAGCGGCGUAGUUUUGUCAUGUAAUGCACAUCUUCACGAGGUUAUGCCAGUUUAUGUUUUCCCUUUCAUCUUUUCAAAUCUUGCCGCUUUUUCACUUUUAACCUUAUUUUAACCCUCCUCUUCUUCUUUUUACACUCCACAAAUUUCACUUUUAAGUUUUAAAACCUUUUUAUUUUCUUCCCCCUCAUGUAAUGGGCAGAGCUACGAGAUGGUUUAAGGGCUUGUUUGGCAUAAAAAGUAAUACGUGCAGUAGUAGUGAUAAUAGUAAGGAUGUUUUUGAUAGAACUGGGUGUUGUUCAAGCAGAGAUUCAUGUGGUUUAUGUCAUAAUCCGGCUACUAUACCGCCUAAUUUGUCUCCGGCGGAAGCUGCUUGGUUGAGGUCGAUUUACAAUGACUCUGAGAAUGAGCAGAGCAAGCAUGCUAUUGCUGUGGCGGCUGCUACUGCUGCUGCCGCUGAUGCGGCGGUUGCUGCUGCUCAAGCUGCAGUUGCUGUUGUCAGACUCACUAGUAAUGGCAGAGGCACCAUGUUUGGCGGUGGGCAGGAGAGAUGGGCUGCUGUCAGGAUUCAAACUGUCUUCAGAGGCUUUCUGGCAAGAAAGGCAUUGAGAGCUCUAAAAGGAUUGGUGAAAUUACAAGCACAUUUGAGAGGCUAUUUAGUGAGAAAACAAGCAACCGCCACACUCCAUAGUAUGCAAGCACUAAUUAGAGCACAAGCUACAGCUCGUUCCCAAAGAGCAAGAAAUCUCAUCAAAACUGAUACCAAAUUCGAAAUCGGAGCACGAAAAUCCAUGGAGCGAUUUGAUGAAGCAAGAAAUGAGUUGAUUCACAGCAGAAGGCUAUCAAAUUCACUAGACCACACAUUAAUAAACAACCCAAUUGAUGAGUCUCCAAAAAUAGUGGAGAUUGAUACUAGCGGGGGAUAUUAUUGCAAGCCAAAAUCAAGAUCCCGUAGAACAAACACUUCGGUUUCAGAUUUUAGCGACGAACCAUUUUACCAAACUCUUUCGUCUCCACUUCCAUCUCGAGUUCCUCCUCGUUUAUCAAUGCUCGACACCCGAAAUUAUCAAGAUUGGGGUUUCAUCGGGGACGAAUGUAAGUUCUCUACAGCGCAGAGCACUCCUCGUUUCGGCGGGUGUAAUUAUAACCCUCCUGUUACUCCCGCGAAGAGUGUUUCGGGUGAUACUUUUUACUAUAGGAAUUGUCCGAAUUAUAUGGCGAACACAAAAUCUUUCAAAGCGAAAGUGAGAUCGUACAGUGCCCCGAAACAGAGGCCUGAAGCUAGCCCGAAGAAGAGAGUGUCACUCAAUGAGUUGAUGGAGUCAAGAAAUAGUAUAAGUGGCGGCGUAAGAAUGCAAAGAUCGAACUCUCAGGUUCAGGACGCUAUUAAUUUUAAGAACGCUGUUCUUGGUAAGCUUAAUCGAUGCACGGAACAAAUUGCUAGAGAUGAUCCGGAAAAACAUUGCUUGCAGAGAAAGUGGUGAUUUUAAUUAAAUUUAUGUACGCAAGUAGUUGCUAAGGACAACAAAUAUUUGAUAGAAUAUAGUUAACAGAUAUUAUGUUUAUGAUUAAUUGGUAGAAUUGUUAGAAUUUCCUUAUGAAAUUGGUCCUUAAAUUACUUAAUCAAUCUAAUUGUAGAAGUUAUUAUUUGGUAAUGAAAUGGCUCUACUAAUGCUUUGUGAUUAAA